CACCGUCUCUCUUUCUCAGCAGAAACACUAACGCAAUCCCAUCGCUAAACAAUGGCUGCCUCUCACCGGAAGCCGCCUCACGCCCUCCUCGUCCCCUACCCUCUCCAAGGCCACAUCAUCCCGGCCGUCCACCUCGCCAUCAAACUCGCCUCCAGGGGCUUCGCCAUCACCUUCGUCAAUACCGAAGCCGUCCACCACCAGACCUGUUGCGCCGCCCGCCGCUCCGGCUCCGACCUCGGCCACGACAUCUUCCCCGCCGCCCGCGCCUCCGGCCUCGACAUACGCUACGAGCUCGUGAGCGACGGCCUCCCCGUUGCCUUCGACCGCUCUCUCAACCACGACCAGUUCAUGUUCGCCGUUCUCCACGUCCUCUCCGCCCACGUCGAGGAGCUCAUACGGAAGCUGUCGCUGCGCGCCGACCCUCCCCUCACCUGCCUCAUCGCCGACACCUUCUUCGUGUGGCCUUCCACCUUGGCCAAGAAGUUUGGGAUCCCCUACGUAUCCUUCUGGACCGAGCCGGCGCUCAUCUUCUCUCUCUACUAUCACAUGGAUCUCCUCAUCCGAAAUGGCCACUUCGCUUCUCACGAUAACAGCAAAGACACGAUAACGUACGUGCCAGGGGUGGCAGCGAUCGAGCCGGCUGACCUCAUGUCGUACCUGCAGGAGACGGACGUGUCGACGGUGGUGCACCAGAUCAUCUUCAAGGCGUUCGACGAGGCCAAGGCCGCGGACUUCGUGCUGUGCAACACGGUGCAAGAGCUGGAGUCCGACACGAUCUCCGCCCUGCAGCGGGAGAAGCCGUUCUAUGCUGUGGGGCCGAUCUUCCCCGCGGGGUUCACCAGGAGCGCCGUGGCGACGAGCCUGUGGGCGGAAUCCGACUGCUCCCAGUGGCUGGACUCCAAACCGCCGGGUUCCGUCUUGUACAUCUCCUUUGGAAGCUACGCGCACAUCGGCAGGCGGGACCUGGAGGAGAUAGCCCACGGAGUUCUCGGAAGCACGGUCAGCUUCAUAUGGGUGCUCCGGUCGGACGUCGUCAGCUCCGACGAGCCCGACCCGCUGCCCGAAGACUUCGCGGAGGAGAGCCAAGGGAGGGGGGUGGUGGUGCCAUGGUGCUGCCAGGUCGAGCUGCUGAAGCACCGGUCGAUCGGCGGUUUCCUCACCCACUGCGGCUGGAACUCGAUCUUGGAGAGCAUAUGGUGCGGGGUUCCGCUGCUCUGCUUCCCCCUCCUCACCGAUCAGUUCACGAAUCGGAAACUGGUGGUCAAUGACUGGAGGAUCGGACUCGACCUAGGACGGACGAACAAGGUGAACAGAGAGGAAGUAAGCAAGAGAAUCGAGAUCUUGAUGGAAGGAGAAGCAGGGAAUGAGGCCAGGAAGAACACAAGGGAGGUCAGGAGAGCCCUCGAGAUUGCACUCACUCCCGAGGGUUCGUCACAUAAGAACUUGGAUCAGUUCAUCGCGGAUCUAACGAAGUAUGGUGAGCAGAUCAAUGGAGUGUGAGAAGCGUAGUAAAUGGUAGA